GUUACAGCCCUGUGCUGUGGUGGUGACCGUACUGCCUCGUUACCAUGGGAACGUAGCCUCUGGGAAUUACUGCCUGGGCGAGGAUCUGAAGAAAUAACUGAUUCUGUUGUUAUGCUUGGUGACCUUCUAAGCUUCCCUAAUAAGUUAACCUUCAUGAGCGCGGUUCUCAUCCUCAAAUAUACGCGGUCACUCCUUGCUCAAAGCCGGUUGUCUGGGAGGUUUGUGAUUGACAGACGACUGAUGUUGGAGCUCAUCUUCCUUGUAUCGGGAGUCUUGGAAGCAUCUGACCAAGAAAAAUCAAGGAAUGCAGACUAUCUGCAAGAAGAAGGAAUUAAGGUCAUUUCAGACUUGUUGUUAAGCUCCCUCUUUGCGAGCAGUGAGCUUCAGCUCCACGUUGGCACUGGAAUGAUGGAAUUCCAGGUCUGGCUUCAUUACAGUCUUCAGGACACCGUCCAGAGUAUUGGCUCUGUCCAAGUUCAUUUACCCAGUGACCUAGCUGGGCAGAGUCCUGCUGGGACAGACCUUCAGAACCCAUGCUAUAUCAGUCAACUCAUACUCUUCAAAAAGAAUCCAUAUCUAAAGGGACGAGCUCCUGGUCAGGUUGAUGGAGCUGUGGCUCUGAGCCUCUAUGACUGCUCCAGCAGACAGCCCUUCAGCAGACACUGGCUACAGACACCCGUGACUGUCGAGUUCGGGGAGGAAGACAGCCUUGAUAGCAGAAGAAAUAAUACGACAUUUGUCUUGUCUCGGGAUAAAACGAAUUUUCAUCAGUUCAUUGGACCUUCUGAAAACUCCCAGGAAUCUCUACAGAUAAGAAUCACAUUUUCUAAGACCAUCACAAGAGCCUUUCCCAUAAUGUUGCUAGUAAGAUUCUCCAAGAAACCGACUCCCUCUGAUUUCCUGGUGAAACAGGUCUACUUCUGGGAUGAGCAAGUCGUACAGAUUUACAUUCCUGCUGUUUCACUAGAAGAUGCCAGCUUGGGUUACUUGGCCUUAUUAGAUGCUGACUAUGACAGAACACCUUCAAACAAAUAUUUAGCUAAAGCGGUGAACUACACAGUGGGUUUCCAGUGGAUCCGGUGCCUCUUUUGGGAUAAGAGGGAGUGGAAAUCUAGCACCUUCCCUCCACAACCAGGAACUUUUCCAGAAAAGGUUAACUGCAGCUAUGAUCACCUCACAGCAUUCACCCUUGUGAGAAGAAAGCUGAAUGUCAGUUUUGAAAUGAGUGACAUUUCUAAUUUACAGAGUCACCCAGAAAACCUGAUUCCCAGUGUUAUUAUUGUGCUUUUUAUGAUUCUUUACAUGUUUUUGGUUGCUAAAAGCAAACAUGUAGAUCAUCAUGAAAAAAAGAAAACUGGUUACAUUUUUCUGCAAGAAAACCCCUCACCAGACCAACAGCUAUAUGCAGUGGUUAUUGACACAGGCUUUCGAGCUCCAGCCCAGCUGACCGCAAAGGUUUACAUUGUUUUGUAUGGUGAAAAUGGACUUUCAGAAACCAGAGAGCUCUACUGUCCAGAGAAGCCCCUAUUCGAAAGGAAUUCCAGGCACACCUUUAUACUGAGUGUUCCUGGUCAUCUCGGCCCUCUUUGGAAGAUCCGCCUCUGGCACAACAACUGCGGUCCUUCUCCAAGCUGGUACAUCAGCCACGUGCUGGUGAAGGAGCUGCGCACUGGGCAAAGCUGGUUCUUCUCUGCAGAGUGCUGGCUUGCUGCAGGCCGAGGGGACGGAAGAGUGGAUCGGGAGCUCAUCCCUCUGCACCGAGGCCUUGGCUUCCAGAAGGUCGGGCCUCCUGUGCACUCUUGUGGCUUCUCCCGGGGCACUGCUCUUGUCACUGCUCUUCCGGCUCAGCCAGGUAUAGUGACACUGUCCUGCAGCCCCUGCCUUCCCAAGGAGCUCCUUUGCCUGCAGGUGACCACCAGCUCUGAACACCCCUUCCUUCUGCAGAACACCACAGGACUGUGCAGAGAGAAACCCAGCUGCAGGCUAAGGGCUGUGCCAGGGGAAGUAACUCGGGGCCCUAACUCCCAUGGAAGGACACUAGGUGCACAGAAGAAAUAUAAGUGUAACACAUCAGACAUCCUCCGUGGGAAGGACCGUGGCUGGAGAGCUGAUCCUGGUGAGCUUGCUGAGGCGGCAGGGGGAGGGCGGCCCCUCCUCUCAGCUUGGACAAGGGCUGUGUGUAGGCGUGGCUUACAUGUGCAGCUCAGCUCUCUCCCUCCAUCGUCCAGCGUCAGCCUGCAGCCGUGGGGACAAUGGGACAGACAAGUACAGGGGGAGCUGGGAAAGUAUUCUAAUGACAUCUAAAUACAAGGCGCAGGCUCGGCUAUGUGGAAAUCCUGGUGGUUUCUGAUACGGACUUGCAUAGAUUUGGUCACAGUUUUUUUAAAAGUCAAUAAUAGAAUCUUAGGUUUUUUAAAGCAUUCUGAAAUUUGAAGCUUUCCAUUUUUUAAUACUAGUUAAAGAAUAUCUGCAGUGUCAAGAUUAUUCUGAAAAUUCGGGGAUGAGCCAGUGGAGACAGGGGAAUUAAGCAGGCACAACGGGGCUGGCCCCUGGAGGCCAAAAAGUAGGGCCAAGUAACUAGUAGUAAUGUCUCAGAGGACAUUACUGGUAGGGAGCAGCAGGGAGUGAGGGCUUGGAGCUGGCACGUGGCUGCGGGGCUUUGGGGCUGCAGGGUGGAUGAGCAGAUGGAUUUCUCUGGCUGCAGCCCUAGAUCUGGGAGCUAGGGACACUGCUGCUUUGUGGGGUAGUAGCUAUGAGGGCAGCACUAGUGGCUGAAGGAGGGACAGGUGUAGUUGGACCCACCAUUGCAGAGGGCCUUAAACAUGGUGGGUGUAAAGAUGUUUUUGUGUGAGUGAGGCCUCUGGCACCAGAGCUGGGUUUAGUCCAGGGCACCAGCACUAGCAGGGAAUCGGGGACAAGCCAGAAGCCAUGUCAGAUCUUGGUCACUAGCACAAGCUGUGCACACGGAAAGUUUGAUGUGUGGACUGGGCUGGGAAGCAAGAGUGCAGAGUGCCAGGCACCUGCCUAGCAUACCAGGUGGGAAGGACAUGGUUGAGGGACUGUAGCUCAGGGUUCCUCUGCUGGCCCAGCCAGAGUGCUUCUAAGGUUUGCCCAAUGCCAGUUUCCUGGAAGAGCCCCUCUGUCUAAAUGUUGUGCCAUUUUGCCCAAAUUAUGGAGCAGCCUCUGGAGGUGCCCUCUGUGGAGAUCUACCUGUGAGCUUUCCCUUGAGGAAAUGUGGCUUCAGAGUCCUCCAUUCGGAAGCAGAAAGCACUGCAUGGGGAAUACCCCUAUGAUCAUGGGCUUGGCUCUAGAAAAGUCACAUCCUAGAGGGGGUGAUGUAAUCUGAAGGGAACGUGCCCACACCCUGUCCUGAGCACGUGGACACUUGAUCCAAAUCAUGGCAGAACCUGCCGACUCCAGGUGACCCUGCUUAGUCAUCUGGGAUGUGGGAUGGAAACUGGUUCACAGGCCUCUGAUGUUGAGGGGCUCUUGGUAGGCUUAGGAAGGGGACUUCCUGGAGGCUCCUUAAAGGGUACAGAGGGAUAAGGAAACUUUGGGCUUCCUACCAGCCGUGACAACAAUGGAAAAAGAAGGUAAAAGUCCCACGUUAGUAAAAUUCAGUGCUACUAAAAGCAUUGCAUUCUGUCCUGUUCUUCCUCAGCACCCAGUAGUGGGCUUGCAGGCCUUGCUCCCCAACAGCAGAGGGCGCUUCUGCCUUGGUUAGGCUCUGCAGCCUGGGCUCUGUGUGCAAUGGUGUCGGUAGCCUGUGGUUUGGGAACAGGA